ACCGCAAGGGUUGCCGGGACGGCCCCCAUCUUCUUUACGCGAGGUGGGAAAGCCGGUGGCUCGGAGGAGUGCAGACGCUGCUUGGUUACCUUGUGGCGCGUCUCAGUGGGGCCAGGAACUGAAAGAUAGCCAGAAUGGCUGAAAAUGGUGAUAAUGAAAAAAUGGCUGCUCUGGAGGCCAAGAUCUGUCAUCAAAUUGAGUAUUAUUUUGGAGACUUCAAUUUGCCACGGGACAAAUUUUUAAAGGAACAGAUCAAACUGGAUGAAGGCUGGGUACCUUUGGAGAUAAUGAUAAAGUUUAAUAGGUUAAACCGUUUGACGACAGACUUUAAUGUAAUAGUAGAGGCCCUGAGCAAAUCAAAGGCAGAACUCAUGGAAAUAAGUGAAGAUAAAACUAAAAUUAGAAGAUCUCCAAGCAAACCCCUCCCUGAAGUGACUGAUGAGUAUAAAAAUGAUGUAAAAAACAGAUCUGUUUAUAUUAAAGGCUUCCCAACUGAUGCAGCUCUUGAUGACAUAAAAGAAUGGUUAGAAGAUAAAGGUCAAGUACUAAAUAUUCAGAUGAGAAGAACGUUGCACAAAGCAUUUAAGGGUUCAAUAUUUGCUGUAUUUGAUAGUAUUGAGUCAGCUAAAAAGUUUGUUGAGACCCCUGGCCAGAAGUACAAAGACACAGACCUGCUAAUACUUUUCAAGGAAGAUUACUUCACCAAAAAAAGUGAAGAAAGAAAGCAAAAUAAAAUAGAAGCUAAAUUACGAGCUAAACAAGAGCAAGAAGAAAAACAAAAGCUAGCAGAAAAUGCUGAAAUGAAAUCUCUAGAAGAAAAGAUUGGCUGCUUGCUGAAAUUUUCAGGAGACUUAGAUGAUCAGACGUGUAGAGAAGAUUUGCACACCCUUUUCUCAAAUCAUGGUGAAAUAAAAUGGAUACACUUUGUCAGAGGAGCCAAAGAGGGAAUAAUUCUAUUUAAAGAAAAAGCUAAGGAAGCACUGGAUAAAGCAAAAGAGGCCAAUAAUGGUAACCUACAACUAAGGAACAAAGAAGUCACUUGGGAAGUACUAGAAGGAGAUGUGGAAAAAGAAGCACUGAAAAAAAUUAUAGAAGAUCAACAAGAAUCUCUCAACAAAUGGAAGUCAAAAGGCCGCAGAUUUAAAGGAAAAGGAAAGGGAAAUAAAGCUGCCCAGGCUGGGUCUGCUAAAGGAAAAGUACAGUUUCAGGGCAAGAAAACUAAAUUCGAUAGUGAUGAUGAACGUGAUGAAAAGGGUGCAUCUGGAACAGUAAAAAGAGCAAGAGAAGAAACAGACAAAGAAGAACCUCUGUCAAAACAACAGAAAACAGAAAAUGGUGCCGGAGACCAGUAGUUUAAUAAACAAAUUUUUAAUUCAUUUUAAUUAGAUUUUAAGCUGCUUUUGUCUUUGGAGGCUGUUAAAAAGAAAACCGAAUUAGAUCCACUUCGAUGUCUACCUGUAAGAAAGGAAGAUUUUUUGUUGUUGUUGAACUUGUCUUUUGUUAUCGAAAUGUUUUUUAAUGUGCACUUCUGUUUGUGUUCUUUUGGAUUAUUCAAAUAUCAAAAGAAACAUUCUUCCAUUAAGAAUUGCCUUUGUAAUAUGAGAAUGUAUCAGUACAAAGUAAUAAAAUGUAUACUGCAUAAAAA